AUGAAGUCUUCCGUGGCUUCCUUAUUAUUCUUUUCUGGCCUUUCCAGCCUUGCAGCUGGCGCCAGCAUCCCUAGAUAUUUCGAGAAACAACCAAUCACUCGUAGAGAUCUCACCAGUGCGGAGGUCCGACAGGAGCUUGGCGACCAGGUCUCCUCGGGCACCCUGAUUUAUGGAGCAGAUGAUGCUGAAUUCGCCGAACUUACUUCCCGAUGGACCGAUUAUUCCAAGCCGGAUGUCCAAGUCGCAAUCGAACCCGCAACGGAAGCCGAUGUUGCAACAAUAGUCAACUACUGUAACGACAACAGUAUUGACUUCCUAGCCCUCAACGGUGGCCAUGGCCUUGCUUAUAGUCUGAAAUCGUUUAGUGGUCUCCAGAUCAGUAUGUGGCAGUUGGACAACAUCACCAUCUCAGACGAUGCCGGGUCAGCCUGGUUUGGAGGUGGUACCAAGGUUGGCAAUGUUACCCAAUACCUUUCCGAUCGAGGCUAUGUCACCACGACUGGUGGCUGUGAGUGCGUCGGCAUGAUGGGCGCUGGUCUUGGUGGUGGCCACGGUCGGUACGAAGGUCUCUACGGCAUGAUCAGUGACAACAUUCUGGAGCUCAACCUUGUUUUGGCCAACGGUACAUCCAUUGUCGUUAGCGAAUCGGAGAACAGUGACCUCCUCUGGGCCAUGAAGGGAGCCGGUCACAAUUUCGGCAUCGUCACGAGCUACAAAAUGACUAUCUGGCCCCUGGAGGACACAACCUGGCACUGGCACAACUAUAUCUGGCGUGGCGAUCAGCUCGAGACCGUCUUUGAUGCCCUUAACACCUUCCACGGCAAUGGUACCACGCCCGUUAACAUGGCCUUUGAGGUUGGAAACUUUGUCAUGAACACUACCAUCACAAGCGACGAGCCCGUGCUCUUCUGGACCUUUGCCUACCGUGGACCUGCCGAUGAGGCAGAGGAGCUCCUCGUCCCUUUCAACGCCAUUGACGCCGAAAUGAGCGUCUCGGGUGAUGUGCCGUACACGGGGAUCGCCACCGCACAGGGAACCAGCUGGGACUCUGCCAUUUGCCAGCACGGACAAGUGCACAUCACCUCGACAGUGGGCCUAGUAACCUACAACCUAACGGCCGAGCGUCAAAUUUUCGAAGGCUUCAAGCAGCGCGCGCAGGAGUACCCAGAGCUCGUGGCGGCAUCCUUCAUCAUGCACGAGGGCUACGCCACAGAGGGUGUCGACAACAUCGCCUCCGACAGCUCGGCCUACCCCUUCCGCAGCGACCACCAUCUGAUGCUGUUCAACGCCGUCUCGCCGAGCAGCGACUACGAUGAUUUGGCUCUUGCCUGGGCCAACGAGGCGCGCGACCAGUGGAACGCAGGCCAGCCCGGCCGCGCCCCCCACGCCUAUGUCAACUACGCCAGCGGCCUCGAGACCGUCGAGGAGUGGUAUGGCGAGGAGAGCUGGCGUAUCGAGAGGCUAACGAGCCUCAAGACGAAGUACGACCCUGACAACCGUUUCCGCUACUACAACCCCAUCGUUGCCGCAUAA